AAGAAGGCUACAAUGUUGACCUUAGCCAAAAUUCUGUUGAUAUCAACUUUUUUUAGUCUACUACUACUUGGAAGCUUUGGAAAAGAAAAUUCAGAAAUAAACACAACAGACAACAACAUAGAAGUUCUACAAACGAUGAGAAAGAAAUCUAUUCCUUUGGAAAGUGAAGGGAAAUCGGAAAAAGAAAAUAGAGAAAAUUUAAAUAUCAACACAAGUAUUUCCCCUACUUUAGAGCCAUUAAAUGAAGAAAUACAUACAAAGACAACUUUCUCCAGUGACUGGUCAAUAGAGAACUCUUCUGGGAGUAUAGGACCCACAUCUACAUUUCCCACCAGUCCGCCAUUAGUCAUUGGCUUUGUGUCUAAAUUGCCUUUGAACUCAUCUGUUGGGAAUGAACAUUCUUUGCCUGCCUUAGUAUCUCCCAGUGCUACAUCACCUGCUACACCUUCAGAAGAGUUCACUACAUCUGUGAAUACUUUGACCAAUGACACUAGGAAUGAUCCAAUGAACAGCUCUACAACAGUUAACAUCCUGUCUCCAGCACCAACCACCAAGUCUGUGACCCCCUUGAUAAUAGAACCAACUACAUGGUUUAGCACCAUCAGUGAUAGCUGGACUGAGUUUACUUCUUACCAAGAAAAAACAACUGCACAACCCACCCUAAAGUUUACCAAUAGUUCAAAACUCUUUCCAAAUACUGAAGACCCUGAAGAAGAGAACAGAAGCACAGGAGUAGUGUUUGGGGCCAUCUUAGGGGCUAUUCUGGGUGCUUCCUUGCUUAGUCUUGUUGGUUACUUGUUGUGUGGGAGAAGGAAAACGGACUCAUUUUCCCAUCGGCGACUUUACGAUGACAGAAAUGAACCAGUUCUUCGAUUAGACAAUGCACCAGAACCCUAUGAUGUGAGUUUUGGGAAUUCUAGUUACUACAACCCUACUGUGACUGAUUCGUCUAUGCCAGGAAGCCAAGAACAGGCACACGAUGGCAUUCCUAUGGAUGACAUACCUCCACUUCGUACCUCAGUAUAA